UGUACGUGCUUUGUUGUACUUUUUUUUUUAUUUGUGGGUGGGCACUAUACACUUACAAAAAUGACAAAACUUGUUGAAGAUCAGAUCUUGAAACGUCUGAUAUCAUCAUUUCGCCAGCACACAAUAAGAGUUACAGGACCUGUCAUCAUAAAAAUAAGCUCAGAAGUCUUCUCAUUUGCAGAUCAACAUGGGAGACUGGGGAUUCCUCUCUAAACUUUUAGACAAAGUACAGUCUCAAUCAACCAGUAUUGGGAAGAUUUGGCUGACGGUUCUGCUGAUCUUCAGAAUAAUGGUGCUUGGGGCUGGACUGGAUAAAGUCUGGGGAGAUGAACAGUCCAAUAUGGUCUGCAACAUCAAAACUCCUGGUUGCUUGAAUGAAUGCUACAACGACGCCUUCCCCAUUUCCCAUAUGCGAUUCUGGACGCUCCAAAUCAUCUUUGUGGCCUUGCCCAAACUGGUCUACCUUGGCUACAUUCUUCAAGUCAUCCACAAAGAAAACAAACUGAGACAGCAUUUACAAAACCAGCUGGAGAAAACUGAUGUCAAACUACCCAAAUACACCGAUGACAACGGGAAGAUUUAUUACAAAGGAAGCCUGCUUCGUUGCUAUAUGCUGAGUCUCUUUGUGACUAUAUUGUUUGAAGCAGGGUUCAUUGUAGGCCAGUAUUAUUUAAUUGGGCUUUGGAUGCCCACACAGCUAGAAUGUAAUGAAUACCCUUGCCCUAAAACCGGCUUGCAUUGUUAUACAUCCCGCCCAACUGAAAAGAGCAUCUUCAUUAUCUUCAUGCUUGUUGUGGCGUGUGUGUCUUUGGUUUUGAAUCUAGGAGAAAUAUUCUAUCUGAUGGGUCGUAGGAGGCAGCACAAGAUGAGGCCACCUGCAGUGGUUGAAAUGGAGAACUUAACCCUUACUAAGACAUUUUGCUAAAUUAAACAGUCUGACAUGUCAUCAUAUUUCCCUUAUAGACCCAUUUCCUGUUCUAUUCUAAGAUUAAAGAUUCACAUGUUCUGUGCUCUCUCCCACUUUUUAAAAAUCACUUUAUGUACAUUGUAUCUGUUUUAUACGUAAUUGCUCACUUGGUAGCUAAUGGAAGAAAACAAUUUAAUUAUUAUUAACAAUGGCCUAUUUUAACAGUAGCUUAACACACAAUUCAGGGACUAUUAUGAACACAAUAAUUGUGAAUAUGUCAUAUGUGCAAAUAAAAAUACACACAAAAACAACAGGAUACAUAGAGUGUUGUUUAUGAGAUGCAAGAUGAAUGGUUAGCCUAUUUAUAAAUAUUACGAGUGAUAUUGUCCAAUGUUGACUAGAAAAAUGUUUGAUUCGCAUUGCUAUUAUGUCUUUUCAUCACAGGGUGGCGUGUGAAGAGCACAAAUCAUCAGUGCAUU